AUGCCUUUUCGCAAUAAUCCACCAAGGUGCUCUGAUAGUGAUCCCAAUGGCAUGUCAAGUGUUUUUAAGAUUAACAAUGCUUUGGAUAUGUUAAGAAGACUUCAGGCUUUAGAUAGGCAAGAAAAGAAAUUACUUUCCUUGAGAUUAAUAAGACUUCAGUCUGCUUGCCCUUCCUGCUGCUCUACGGGAAGGACACCCCUCAUUACUAAUGAAGAUGAAGAUAGUAUGCGAACGAUUGGAUGGGAUGAAUAUGCAAUGGAUAUAGAAGAAAGAUCAACUGAGUUAGAAGCUGAUGAAAAUGAAGAAGAUAUCGAUAAUCUUGAAUACUUAAAUGAAAUCGCAUAUAGAGAAUGGGAACAAGAACAAGAUAUAGAUUCUAAUAGUAUGGAGGAUAUAGAAGAUGAA